AGCCUUGUUUGUUUUACUUUUCCAUUUGUUACUUGUGUUUCUGUUUUGUCUUUCAGGCAAGUAAUUGUUAUAAUUAACCACUUUGUUUUUUUAAUUUAUCAGAGAUUACUGUGUAUUCACAACCCGCUUUUCGAGGUCAGUCAAGUCUUGUUAAGUCCUGCAAGGCGACAUAUUGCUCUCAUCGGAACCAAAGGUUUGAUGGUUCUGGAGGUGCCUGAGCGGUGGGGAAAAAACUCUGAAUUUGCAGGAGGUGAAAGAGCUGUUAACUGCAGAACUAUACCUUUUGCGGAGAGAAUGCUUUCCAGCUCCACUUCUCUUUUUCUAAAACAAGCAAUAUGGUACCCUGGUGAAAUUCAAGAACCACAUCUCAUUCUGUUAACAUCUGACAACACAAUAAGAAUUUAUAGUCUUCGUGAUCAUUUAAAGCCAAUAAAAGUUAUUCCACUUUCUAACUCUGAAGAGGAGACAUCAUUUUCCCAUAUUGGGAGGUCCUACAGAGCAUCUCUUGGAGAAACUGCAGUCGCAUGUGAUUUUGGUCCUUUAGUUGCAUUUAAUAGGGGUCACGGACUGCAUAGUAAAGAAGAGACUGCAUAUCCUCUAUACAUACUCUAUGAAAAUGGAGAAACUUUCCUUAUUUACAUUAGUCUGCAAAACGGUAAUAGAUAUGUUGGCAAGCUCCUGGGCCCUCUUCCAAUGCACCCAGCUGCAGAGGAUAACUAUGGCUAUGAUGCUUGUGCGGUGCUUUGCUUACCCAGUGUACCUAGUAUCCUCGUCAUUGCCACUGAAUCAGGGCUUUUAUAUCACUGCGUGGUGCUAGAGGCAGAAGAUGAUGAUGAGCAGACCUCUAACAAGACCUGGUCCAGCCCAGAUACUGACCUUGUUCCUUCCCUGUAUGUUUGUGAGUGUGUUGAGCUGGAAUUGGCACUUAAGAUAACUGCUACAGAAGAUGAAGUACAUGUGGAUACUGACUUCUCAUGUCCCAUUAGACUUCACAGAGACCCAGUCUGUCCCUCAAGAUAUCAUUGCACACACAUGGCUGGUGUUCACAGUGUAGGCUUGACCUGGUUCGAAAAGUUGGGAACCUUUCUUGCAGCAGAUGAGGAAGACAAAGAUAGUUUGCAUGAGCUGGCAACAGAACAGAAAUGCCUUGUGGAACAUAUUAUGUGUACUAAGCCCCUACCAUGCAGCCUUCCUGCCCCCAUUCAGGGAUUUUGGAUUAUUUCUGAUCUUGCCCUUGGAACAGCUAUGAUAUGCGUUACUAGUGGAUAUAAAUGCAUCAUCCGGCCUUUGCAAACAACUAUCUGUCAACCUUCACCGCUCCUUCUGUGCUCCCAGGUUGACAAAAGCGUUGCAGAAACUUUACCACGUGUCCUGGCAGAUGUGAAAGGAUCCUUUGAAAGCCAUAUCAGAGGCAUUCUGAGCCGUAACUCUGGAAACCCCUUGUUAUUAAAUGCAUCAAAUAAAGAUUCCUCUCCACCACCUGAAGAAUGCCUGCAGUUACUGAGUAGAGCAAUCCAAGUGUUUCGAGAAGAAUAUGUCCUUAAAAUGGACCUGGCACGGGAAGAGAUCCAGAGACGAGUGAAGUUACUGAUGUUCCAGAAAAAGAAACAGAUGGAAGAUUUGCAGCACUGUAAGGAAGAGCGAACAUGUCUUAAAGAGACAGCUGAACGUCUAGCUGAAAAAUAUGAAGAGGCCAAAGAUAAACAAGAAGCUCUAAUCAACAGGAUGAAGGCUGUGCUACGCAAUUUCUAUACACAGCUCUGCAUUUUAUCAGACAGCGAAAGAGACAUGAAAAAAGAACUGCAGAUAACGUCUGAACAGCUACAUCACCUAGGAAAUGCAAUAAAACAGAUCAAAAUGAAAACUGCUUACCAAGAGAAGCAGGUGGAAAAGGAAAAAAGUCCAAGUGUAUCUAACCUGACCCUUAAUAACUACCAAAAGAAGACUAUCCAGACUGUAUUAAAAGAAGCGGGUGAACAUAUUCAAGAAAUGGUAAAACAAAUAAACAGCAUCCGAAGCCAUGUGAACUUUUAA